AUGAAAGUACGGAUAAAAAAACAUAAAGCACACUUUCUCCCUAAAAAAAACUAUAAGUAUAGUGCUAUUAUAGGCGAUGAGCUUCUUUCGGAUUCCUUUCCAUACAAGGAGAUUUUAAAUGGGAUUCUUUGGGAAGUCGAAGGAAAGUGGGUUGUUCAAGGAGCUGUUGAUGUCAACAUAGGUGCAAAUCCUUCUGCAGAAGGAGGUGAAGAAGAUGAAGGCGUUGAUGAUCAAGCUGUGAAGGUUGUUGACAUUGUUGACACCUUCAGACUCCAGGAGCAACCUCCAUUCGAUAAGAAACAGUUUGUUGGUUAUAUAAAGAAAUACAUCAAACAACUUACCCCAAAACUAGAUGCAGAGCAACAAGAGUUCUUCAAGAAAAACAUUGAAGCUGCAACAAAGUACCUCCUCUCAAAGCUUAGUGACCUUCAAUUUUUUGUUGGAGAGAGUAUGCAUGAUGAUAGCAGCAUUGUGUUUGCUUAUUACAAAGAAGGUGCAACUGAUCCAACAUUCUUGUACUUUGGUGUUGGGUUGAAGGAGGUGAAGUGUUAA